AUGAAGUGUCUCAUGUUACCAUGGGCAACGUUGAAACCGCUUGUGGGAACGUGUGCAGUUUAUGUCGAUUGUACUGAAAUUAAACAAGCUCACCCACAACUCCCGUCUGCCGUCUAUACAAUUACAACUUGGCAUACAAAUAGGCGAGUGGAUGUGUUCUGUGAUAUGGACACGGAAGGAGGAGGAUGGACGGUUUUCCAACGACGAUUUGAUGGCUCAGUCGACUUUUACCGGAAUUUCUAUCAAUACACAAACGGCUUUGGUUUGGCCUCACACGAACAUUGGUUAGGUUUACGGACCAUACAGGAGAUGAUAAGCAAGACAAGCCAUGAACUGCGCAUAGAUGUUGAAGAUUUUGAUGGAUCGAGCGGGUACGAUGUGUACAGUAACUUCAGACUGCAAGGAACUGGAUACACCUUCUACGUGGAUAACAGAACCAGAUCGUUCAAUAUGACUGAUGAUACUCAGCAGCUGUCUGCCAAACAUCACAACACACCAUACGGGCAGAAAUUUACUACCUAUGAUAACGACCACGAUCAGUCAAGAUUUGAUAACUGUGCGCAAUGGGCUCAUGGGGCAUGGUGGUAUGAUUCCUGCUGGAGUGCCAAUCUCAACGGCGCUUACGAACAACAAGCUGACGAGAUACAAGACAGCAUGAGAAAGUGUUGGUCAGCAAUCACUGAUGUUAAAAGUCAAACAUUGAGACACACAGAUGUUUGA